CUUUUGGACGGGUUUUCCUGGCCAAAAAGAGAACAACAGGGGACCUUUUUGCCAUAAAGGUUCUUAAAAAGGCUGACAUGAUCCGGAAAAAUGCAGUUGAAAGUAUCUUGGCGGAACGUGAUAUUUUGAUUUCAGUUCGCAAUCCCUUUGUGGUUCGCUUCUUCUAUUCAUUCACUUGCCGAGAAAAUUUGUACCUUAUGAUGGAGUAUUUAAAUGGAGGGGAUUUAUAUUCGUUGUUGAGAAAUUUAGGCUGCUUAGAAGAAGAUGUUGCUCGUGUAUAUAUAGCAGAAGUGGUGCUUGCACUAGAAUAUUUACAUUCACUUCGUGUGGUUCAUCGUGAUUUGAAGCCAGAUAAUUUAUUAAUUGCUCAUGAUGGUCAUAUUAAGUUGACCGACUUUGGGCUCUCAAAGGUUGGUCUUAUCAACAGUACUGAUGAUUUAUCCGGCCCAGCCGUAAGUACCACAUCUCUAAUGGUGGAAGAUGAGCCCGAGUUAUCUGUGCCUAAGCAUCAGCAAGAAAGACGAAAGAAAUGUUCUGCUGUUGGCACACUUGACUAUUUGGCACCAGAGAUACUAUUGGGAACAGGACAUGGUACAACUGCCGAUUGGUGGUCAGUUGGUGUGAAUUUGUUUGAACUGAUUGUUGGUAUUCCACCCUUCAAUGCAGAGCAUCCUCAGGUAAAUAUGUUGAUUCUACAAGAUUCCAUCAUUGAUGAUGACAAGCUUAUUGCACUUUCUUUACGUAUCUUUUCACUGGUCUUGUGGGGUCUUGAGUAG